CCCUUUUAACCCCGCCCUCGGCGAGCUCUCUACGGUGCGGUGCUUCUUCCUCCCUGGUUUCAUGGCAGGAAAGGGUGGGGCGGGGCGAUGAUGCCCAUGGCCCGUCCAAUUUGACCCAUGCCAUCCUGGACCUAUAUCAAUAUCAUACACGCACACAUACUCUACCGCUCCCUCCCACAACCUCGUCCCGGCUUCUGCUUUUCGCUCGCCUGCGGUGGGAGCUUUUCGCUUUGGUUUAGGUGCUUCUUUCCCACCCCCCACUUUCUCCCCCUCUCCCUCCUUCAGUCGUGCGUUGUCACGCACACCAAAAGCUCCUGCCUUUGCCUUAUCUCAGCACCACCCUGCUCGCCCGUAGUGGGAUUUGGUGGGAGCUGCUCUCUGCUCUGCUCAACCUACUUGCCUCCCUCGCGCGCUUCUUUCUUCGCUCCAUUCGUGUUGGUGCCGGGGGCCAGCGUCACUCUCGCCCCGUCACCGCACCGCACCGCACGCACGCACGGCGCUCCUCUCUUCCCUUCCCGGUGGGUGGGUGGGCUCCAAAUCCGGGCGGUUUCUUGGGCGCGGCGAGCGGCGACGGAUCUUUGCGGAAUUCCGGCGGGGGAGGACGGGAGAUGAACUGCGGCCCGCCGGACCAGCUGCCGCCGGCGACGGCGGGAUUCCUCAACCUCAACUGGGACAGCUCCAUGGACGCGUCCGCGGGGGGCCGCCCCUCGCCGGCCUCUGGCUCCGCGGCGGCCACCGAGGGGCUCGCGCUCCACGGGAUCUCGCCGCGGCCGCAGCAGCACUACGGCGCCGGCACGCCGCUCGGCUCGCCCACCAAGCUCAACCUCUCCAUGAUGGGCCAGUACCGCCACCACAACCACCACUACCCGACGCCGCCGCCGCCGCAGGUGGGUGGCCUGCCCACCCUGGAGAACCUCAUGCCCAUGGCCUCCCUGGACCAGUUCCUCGCCGACCCGGGCUUCGCCGAGCGCGCCGCCAGGCUCUCCGGCUUCGACGCCCGCGGCGGCUACGGCGCCGGCCCGCCGCAAUUCGGCCUCCCGGACGACGGCCCCGUCGGCGCGCUCAAGGAGCUGGAGCUCGGGAGCGCCCGGGACGACUCGUCGGUGUCCGAUCCGGCGUCGGCCGGCGCGGGGAUGGCGCUCAAGGGCGCCUCCGACGGCAAUGCGAGGAAGCGGAAGGCCGCCGGCGGCAGCAAGGGGAAGGGCAAGGACGCCUCCGUGUCCACCACCUCCGCCAAGGAUCUCCUCGCCAAGGAGGACUCGGCGUCGAAGCGCUGCAAGUCCACGUCCAUGGAGGACGCCGAGGAGAAUUCCGGCAAGGGGAAGGCCGCGCAGAGCAGCAGCGAGAACGGCGGGAGGAAGCAGGGCAAGGACGGCGCCUCCAAGCUCCCGGAGCCGCCCAAGGACUUCAUCCACGUCCGGGCCCGGCGCGGCGAGGCCACGGACAGCCAUAGCCUGGCCGAGAGGGUGAGAAGAGAGAAGAUCAGCCAGCGGAUGAAGCUGCUGCAGGACCUCGUGCCCGGCUGCAACAAGGUGGUGGGCAAGGCCGUCAUGCUCGACGAGAUCAUAAACUACGUGCAGUCGCUGCAGCGGCAAGUCGAGUUUCUGUCCAUGAAGCUGGCCACGGUGAACCCGCAGCUGGACUUCAACAACCUGCCCAGCCUCCUCGCCAAAGAUAUGCAGCAGCAGUCAUGUGGGCAGCUGCAGCAGGGCUCGUCGCAUUUCCCGCUGGAUGCGUCGGGCGCGCCGCUCCCCUACAUGGGCCAGGGGAGCGGCGACCCUCUCGGCUGCGGCAUGUCCGACGGCGGCGGCAUGGGCGACGAUCAGGGCGCCAUGCACCCGCUGGACCAGGCCUUCUGCCGGCCCAUGGGUUCCUCGCAGCAGCAGCAGCACUUCCUCAGCGACGCCGCCUCUCAGGUUGGGGCUUUCUGGCAAGAUCUGCAGAGCGUGGUUCAGAUGGACAUGGGGCAGAGCCAGGAGAUCGCCACUUCUUCCAACAGCUACGACGCAGGUUCGUUGCAGACGGUCCACAUGAAAAUGGAGCUUUGACAUCACCGCCGGGGAAGAAGCUCGAUCCGACCGGAAUCCUCGACGACGACGACGACGCCCGCUGUACAUAGGGAGAAGCAAAGCCAGUCAGCCGGGCAAGCUUGCCAUCGAUCCACCCAUGGAAGCACUCUGAGAUUCAACCUAGCAGUGUCUUACUGUAGCUUCUAAUUUCCAUACAUGAGUCCCUUCCGGUGUAAUGAUUCUUUUGAACAAGAAAGGGAACCCGGCCGUGCAACAGUAGCGCAGGCUAGCUCUACGUAUCAUCAUCAUCAUCAUCUCCUUUCUUCUUGUGCUAAGCUAGGAGCAAGAUCGAUGGGUACAUAGCGCUGCGCGGUACAUGAAUCCUUGCUAUCCAUUCUCCCUCAAAUGAGAGGGGAUUGCAUUGAAGAUGUGUAAUAGUAUCAUUUGUAUUGCCAUUAUAUAUAAUAUAAUAUGUCUGCAGCCUAUAAUUAUAAAUACCAUUAUUAA